ACGGCCGUCCCCUCAUGUUCCACUCUCUUCGCCCUCUGUUUCGAGGCUCGUCGCUCUCUUGAACGUCCGUAGGACUUUCUUCUCACUCUUUCAUCACCCACUUUGGUCAUCGCGACCACCACUGUCCUUGCAUAUCACCUACACGCGCUGGCUCGCGGAUCUCCUGAACCUCACCAAACUCGAAGCAAGCUCGCGUUUGUCAGAAGUAUACCGUUGGCUGUAUACCGUUUCACCUUUUUUUGAACAUGUUGGGCUUUCACAGACGCACGCGGUCGUUGAUUCCGGUGAAGGAUUUGGGGAAGUAUGACAAGGUGGAGCUGAAUGAGGAGGAUUACGAUACCGACGAAGAGGACAUGGAGGAGUACAACGUCACGAUCGAGGCGGCGCCUGCGAAGAGGAAGCAGAGGCAGUUGACGUUGAUAUAUGUCAUCUUCUUGGCUGAGGCUAUCAUGGCCUCGAGCCUCCAACCUCAACUCAAGAUGCUCAUCUCCAACGAAGACUUCUGCGGCAGCCUCUCCACCUCCUACCUCCGCAGCAUCCUCGACUGUGCCUAUGCCUUUGGUGGCACCGCUGGAAUCUUCUGGGGAUACCUGGCCGACCGUAUUGGACGAAGGCCUGUAGCGUUGAUGGGACUGUUCGCCAUGAGCUUCUGCUGUCUCGGCAUGGGCUUUGCUACGGAUGUCGUCAGCUGCACGAUCUUCCGCUUCGUUGCUGGGUUGUCCAGCUCGACUAUUGUGGUUACAACAUUGACCAUGAUCGGGGAUAUCAGUGUUGGACAUGCCGAGAGGGCUAAGAACGUGGCGAGGUUGCCAUUGAUUGCUCUUUGCGGAUCAAUUGGACCUAUCAUGCAGGGCAUGGUCUCAGGAAGCAUUGAAGCUACGGGAGCCAUCUGGCAGCAAUUCCCGAUUCUCAGCAGCCAGAUUACUUGCGGAAGUCUGGUCUUCCUCAUUGCUGUCACCAGCUGCAUCAUGCUGAACGAGACCCUCCCAAUGCAACCAAGCAAGCCUCUCGCAAUUGAUAUCGACUCCGAAAAAGCCGCCUUCCUCAACCAAGACCUUCUCUCCCCCUCCAUCCACAUCGUCGACCUCGAUACUCCCCGACCUCUCCCGAUCUCCAUCUCCGCCUUCCUCCGCGCGCCCUCCCUCCUGGUCCUCAUUUCUUCCUUCUCGCUCCUCUCCCUCCAUGCCUCCGUCUUCGACACCCUCCUUCCUCACCUCGGCCACAGCAGCACUUCGCAUGGCGGCCUUGGGAUCCCAUGCUCCUGGCUCGGCCUCACCGUCCUACUUGUGCGCGGCGUUGCCGGGCUUUGCAUCCUCCGUACGAUCCCUACCGCUGUCGAGAAGAUGGGACUGCUAUCGCCCUACCGCGCGCUCAGCAUGCUUUUCCCCGCGGUGUACAUAGUUACCCCGUUGUUGGCGAUCAUUGUCGCCUUUUCACCCUCUCUCACUGCGCUCAUCUCUACCGCGGCUAUCCUCAUCAAGCACGCUCUCGCCGGUUCCGCUUCCGUCCUUGUGGCACUCCUCAUUCUCAACACAACGCCUGACUCCUUCUCCACCGGCACCGUGGUCGGGCUUAUGCAGGUCGCCAACCUCUUCAAGGCGCUUGCGGUCGCGGUCAGUGGAGCGAGCUUCUAUCUCAGCAGCGACUACAGCGUCGCGACGACUAAUUACGCGCUUUGGGCAGUAUUGGUCGCGUUUGGCGCGGUCGGUGCGGCGCUCGCCUGGUUCGUAAGGGAACGCCCGAGUGUAGAGAGAGAUUUCCCGGCUGAGGUUCUAUGCUGGGAGACAUGUUUUGAUGCGGAUGGCGAGCUGUGAGAUGGAUCCAACCUGAAGAUGGAAUCUCUGCACACACUACCACGCUCACAGAGCUUUUUUCCUUUUUGUCAAUGGAGAUGGUGGAAGAAGUAGCCAGGCGGCGGCUCUCUGUGAGGAAUGACAGCAUUUACGACUUCUUGGGGCGAGGAUUGUGGUUGAUGACUUGUCAUGUCUCUUAUCUACUUAGUUUCUCGUGUAUUCGUCUAGUGCUAUGAUAUUUGCUUUGUUUAUAUUAUUUCGCCAAUUGUUUACGUGCUGUGACGAGUGCUCAACAAUGUCAAUUCUGAUACUGUCUGAAUCAAUUGACUUCACGAGUCAUUUCAAGGGAUACGUGCCUGAUUAGGCUACCCCGCAAGGUAGUAGGGCGGUCAAGCGGGUGCAGUUUGUCACGUGCGUUCAAGGCCCG